UUAACUCUUUAAGAACUAGAAAAAUACAUUCCUAUAUUUAACUAAAUCUGUCACAUGUAUGCCACGAAGAGUGAACCCUCAUGCAAACAGAGCUUUGGAGGAAUUAUGAUUUUUUUUAAGUAUGUUCAUCAGUGAUAGAAAAUAGUUCACUCUUGUUAGGGGUACUGAUAAUGGGAGAAUCUGUGUAUGUAGAUCAGCAUGGCAAGGUUAACUUUUUUUUUUUUUGCUUUUUGGGUCACACCCUGGCGAUGCACAGGAGUUACUCUGGCUCUGCACUCAGGAAUUACUCCUGGCGGUGCUCAGGGAACCAUAUGGGAUGCUGGGAUUCGAACCCGGGUCGGCUGCAUGCAAGGCAAACACCCUACCUGCUGUGCUAUCACUCCAGCCCCAGCAAGGUUAACUAUUUUAUAUUAGAUCAAAUUAUCAGUUCUGUAUGCCACUUGGUUAAAAAAAUGUGUUUUGUUUAUUUCAGGGUCUUUUGACAUUCAGAGACGUGGCCAUAGAAUUCUCUCAGAAGGAGUGGGAUUGCCUGGACCAGGCCCAGCGCUCAUUAUACAGGGAUGUGAUGCUGGAGAACUACAGGAACCUGGUUUUCUUGGCUAUGUCAUCUAAUGACACAGAGGGCCUUUUGCUGAAGAAGAACAUAGACGAUUCAUUCAAGAAUGUGAUGCUGCAACGAUAUGGAAGCUGUGACUUUGGGUAUUUGUUCUUCAGGACGCACAGGGAAAAGAAGCAUGGGUAUGAAGGGCUGACAGGAUGUUCCGAGGUACCUAAUCACUGUAUGAAAGGCAAGCAGAGUUCAUGUGGGGAAGGAAGCUCAGACUGUGGGCAAGACUUCCACAGCAGAUCCAUCCAUAAAGUAGAACUUGAGAGAACACGGGACCCACAGCACUAUUAUGAAUGUAGACAGUGUGGGAAAGGCUUUGGACAUUGCUCAGAUCUCACUACACAUCAGAGAACCCACCAUGGAGAGAGGCCUCGCAAACAUAAAAAAUGUGGCAAAGAUUGUAAUCAACUCUCAAAACUGACUCAGGGUCAGAGAAUUCACAACGGGGAGAAACCUACCAAAUGUCAAGACUGUGGGAAGGUCUUCCGAGAUUCGUCAUAUCUAAGGAGACAUAAGGUCAUUCACUCUGGAGCGAGGCCCUACAAAUGUGGAGAUUGUGGCAAAACCUUUAAAUGGGCUACAAGCUUUAAACAGCAUCAGCAGCAUCACAGUGGUGAGAAGCCUUACAAAUGUAAAGAAUGCAGUAAAUCCUUCAGUUACUCCACAGGUCUGGCUGUGCAUUAUAGAACACAUACUGGAGAGAAGCCCUAUACAUGCCAACAAUGUGGCAAAUUUUUUAACCAGAAGGGAAACCUGGUUAUACAUCAGAAAAAUCAUUCUGGAGAGAAACCUCACAUGUGUAAAGAUUGUGGGAAAGCUUUUAUCCGAUACACAGACCUUACUCGGCACGAGAUGAUCCAUUCUGGGGAUAGACCUUACAAAUGUAAAGAAUGUGGAAAAGCCUUUAGCCGAUACUCAACCCUUAUUCCACAUCAGAGAAUUCAUUCUGGAGAGAAGCCUCACCAAUGCAAAAAAUGUGGCAAAGCCUUUAACUGGAAAUCACACCUGACUCGACACGAGAGGUUUCAUUCUGAUCAGAACCCUCACAAGUGUGAGGAAUGUGGCAAGGCCUUUAAACAGUACUCAGAUCUCACUCGACAUCAGCGAAUUCAUUCUGGAGAGAAACCUUACAAAUGUGAAGAAUGUGGCAAAGCCUUCACCCGGUGCUCAGGCCUAAAUCUGCAUCAGGCAAUUCAUUCUGGGAAGAAAGCUUAGAGAUAUGAAUGGAAAUGGUGUUAGUAAAUCAACUCUAAAUGUCUUCCAGGUGGUACAUAUUGGAAUGAAACUUCAGAUACAUGAAGAAUGUAGCAGUUCCUUUUUCCUGUGCCCAACGCUUCAAACUUUGAGGAUCGUAAUAUUAUAGAAAUGCUGUAACUAGUAGACAUCUGGAAAGAACGGUUUUCCCUCAAAUACCCUACCCCCUGCCACCAUCCCCACCCCCUGGUUUGGUUGUGUGUGUGUUGGGGGGGGGGUGUAGUACUUUGGGUGCAAUUGAGAGUUUUUUUCUGUUCAUUUGCUUUAAGAAGGUAGAUUUCCAGGGGAGCUGCGUGAUUUAUUUUUUCCCCUGUAAUUACAGGGGGCUGUAGGACAAAUAAGUUUGGGAACCUCUGAUCUAGAACAUGAAAGUUUGAGACUACCUAGGUAUUAAAAGAGAAAUAAUACUUUGAAGAUGGUAGCAAAGGCAUUCCCAUUCUGCAACUAUUGCACAUAAAAGCUUACACAGCAGAAAACAUACAAGUUAGAUUAAAUAUAGAAGACUAUAUGAAAUAUACAAUUUAAAACAUGAGACUUUGUUUUUGAAAGAAAUUUUACAGGUGCAAGACAAAAGUGGGGAAAAUGUUUGUUUGAAAAUGCAAUCAAGGGGGUUGGAGAGAUAGUACAGCAGGUAGGAUGCUUGUCUUACACAUGGCUGGCCAGGAUUUGAUCCCCAACAUUCCAUAUAGUUCACUAGAGCCUCACCAGGAAUAAGCCCUCAGCAUGGCCAGGUGUAACCCCCAAACUAAAAUAAACUAAAAAGAGGUCUGGAAUGAUAGUACAGAGGGUAAAGCUUUGCAUGUGGCCAGCUAGGUUUCCAUCCUUGAGAUUCCUCUAAGCCCCAUUAGAUCACCCCACUAAGAGUGAUCUUUGAGCUUAGAGCCAGUGCUCAGUAAGCCCUAAGCACUGAUUGUGGCCCCCAAAACAAGAGGUUGCAGAAAAUGUAUGUGCUCUCUGAAAAAUCAAAAUUUAGGAACCCCACUUUUACUCUGUAACUUGCCUCAUUCUUAAAACCCAGGGGUGGAAAUGCUGGGAUCAUACAUAUCCAGAGAGCAGUACACUUCUGAGUUUAUAAUCUGAGACUGUGAAAACAUACAUGUGUCUUGCAGCAUCUGAGAAAUACACAGUUGAUUUUUGUUAUUGUACAAAUCUCAUUCAGUGUAAUAACACGAAAGCUCAUCUGGUAGAGCCCUCUGGGACCAGGAUUGUGGAGGUGGACCCUAUCGAUUGAUCAGAACCUCUUAAGUAAUACAUGGCUGUUUUUUUGUUUUUUGCUUUUUGGGUCACACUCCGUGAUGCACAGGGUUUACUCCUGGCUCAUGCACUCAGGAAUUACACCUGGCAGUGCUCGGGGGACCAUAUGGGAUGCUGGGAAUCGAACCCGGGUUAGCUGCGUGCAAGGCAAAUGCCCUAUCCGCUGUGCUAUCACUCCAGCCCCUACAUGGCUGUUUUAGAUUGAGAUUGAGAAUUGCUUUAGAUGGAAUUUAUUUUGCUCUAGCUCAUAAAAAAGAAUGGAUUUUUGUUUUGGGGGCCACACCAGGUGGUUCUCAGGCCUUAUUCCUGGCUCUGUGCUCAUGAACCACUCCUGGUAGACUCGGGGAUCCUAUGGGAUGCUGUUGAUCAAAGUAGGGUCGGCUGUGUGCAAGGCAAAUGCCCUACCCACUUUACUCUCACUCCAGCUCAUGAAUGAAUUUUAAUACUUGUGAUCCUGCCACCAAAAUGAACCUUUCAUUCUAAGUUUUUGAUAACAGUAACUGUAGAUUAAGUACCAGUAGAAUAUGUCCCUUAGCAAACUUCCGUAUUUGCUUGAAACUAAAAUUGUAUUUAACAGCAUUGUUUGUACAGAUAAUACAUUCUAAUCUUUUGUAUUUAAGCACUGACAACUGGGACACGAUGAAUGUCAUAAUGAAGAUUAUAUAGGAGGAUGAUAUAGUCAUACUAUUAUUAGUUGUGAAUGAUAAUUUAUUAACUCUUGCCCUAUUUCUUUGCACGGGACUCUUCUUAGGACCACAGAAGGCAGAGAGACUCUUGGGUUUGAUUGAACUUGACACUGGAGGAGCAUGGGAACCAGGAAGGAGGAAAUGUACAUGGGCAUGGAUGUGCCUCGUGCACCAACUCUGUCAGAAGGACUUCUCCUUGUAGACCAAACAUUUCCUCAGGUCUACUGCAUUUCAUAUUUAGCAGCAGUGAAAGAGAUUCAUGAUACAUAUAUAUUUCCCCCUAAACUUGACUGUUCCUGUUAACUUUGCUCAGCCUUUUGAUGUUGUGUUUUGCAUUCCUUUGAUAAUUGUGAAAGUUGAGCAUCUUUUGACACAGGUAUAUUUUACACUGUGUAACACUGAAUGGUCUUAGAUUAUGUCUUACCCAACUUUGCUAUUUGAUCUUUUUCUAAAGUAUUUGUUAAGAG